AUGUCCUCAAAGGAAAAACCAUCAAAAGAGGAUAUUAGAGGACAAUUGUCCGAUAUACAGAAACGAUUAUUUAGCAAAAAGCCUUCUUCUGGUGAUACAUCUGGUGCUACUACCAGUGCCAGCACCAAUUCUAAUCACCGACCAGUUCUAAAAGAAUCGAACCACCAUCCACAAGGCAAAUCAUCUUUAUUAUCUGGUGGUGUUGGCUCUCAUGAACAAGAAAGAUUUGCUGAUUUCUUACCACCACUUCCCAAAGGCAGUGGCAAUGCUUCUGCCUCAUUAGGACCACCUGCACCAACAUCUAAUUCUUUGAAACGCGUUCCACCCCUGCACUCCUCGCGUUUAGGACCAGAGUCAAAAGGUAAUGAUAUGAACUUUGUUGUUGGAUUGAGUGAAAACCUUUUAACUGAAUGCCGUCGAUUAAAUGCCGAAAAUUCUAAAUAUCGAGAAAAAUUGAAAUCAGCAUUAGAUGAAGUUCAAAAUUAUAAGGAUGAAGUGUUUAAAUUAAAAGAUUUCAACAAGUCACACAAUACCAAUGAACAAGCAUUAAAAGAUAAAAAUUGGGAAUUGGAAAGUAAAGUGAUUAAAUUGGAUGAUGAGUUGUCCGUGUUGAAAAAAUCACACGAAAAAACUAUUCACGAAAACUCCGAAUUGGCUAAUCAGAUCAGUAAUUUGAAUAAAAUUAAUGAUAAAUUAGAAAUAAGUAAUCAAUCUUUGACCAAGAGUUUACAUGACACCAAACAGUCAUAUCAAUCGGAGAUUCUGGCAUUGAAUGCCCGAAUUGAAAAUUUAAAUGAUGAAAAUGAUCAAUUGCAUUUACGUUUAGCUGGUGAGGAUACCACUAACAGCAGUCGCGUGGAAACUUCCAAGGAAGCAACUUUACCUUCAAUGGAUGAAACAACAGAAAGUGAUGAUGAUACCACUGAAUUUGAUUCCAUAUUGAAAGAAUUACAGCCUUGUGAUAUGCCAGAGUCUAACCCAAGUAACCCACAGUUGGAAAUUGAUACUUUGAGAUCUACUUUGCAACAUUCCAAUAGAACAAUUGCCAAAUUAAGGUCUUCUAUGCUUAAAUUGAGAAAGUUUGACCAACAACAAACUAAUCUGUCAAAUUUACAAAGGACCCCAAUGAAGUUUGGAAGUAAACCAAAAUUAAGAGCUUCAAAGAGUGAACUUACCCCAUCUCAUAGAACCUCGAUGUUGCUUUCACCAGCGAAAAAGAAUUCGAAAUUUUCAAUUCUUGACGAUGAUACUACCCACAAUAACGAUGAACCUGAACCUUUCCCAACUGAUGGAGGCAAAUGGGAAGAUUUUAUUACUGAUGAAUUAGAAACGACGCCAUCAAAAUCUGUUUCUAAAAAAUUAAUUGCUGAUUCUGAUGCCGAAUCGACCCAUAGUAGAGCUAUGAAUGUCACCGCAGCAACUGGUGAUUACAGUAUACCUUAUUUAGUAGAAUCAUCUGAUUCAGAAACAGAACCCCAAUCAUUGGACGAGGAUUCUCCUUCAAAGAGCAUCAAAUCAUCACUUUCAUCAAAAGAAUUACAAGAGUCGAGCAAAUUGAGAAAUAAACAAAUCCAACAGUAUGCAUCUUCAAACAAUCUAGUGAUGGUACCUUUUGAAGAAUUGGAGAAAUUGAAAUCAAUAGACGACGAAAAGUUGUUGUUGACUGCCCAAGAGAGAGGUUACCAUUUACUUACAGCCAAAGAGUAUGAAGAAUUGAUUGAUGAAGAGGAAAUGAAGAAGAGAUUAGAAAGCAAAGGUCUUGUAACUAUUCCUUUUGAUGAACUUGAAUCUAUCAAAACAUGUUUAGAUAAACCCGAUAAGGCAUACAUUACCGAUAAAGCAAAUCUGAUGGGACUAAUUGUUACAUCGAAUGAUUUGUACGAUACCCUAGUAAAGAAUGCCAAUGAGCCUUCCGUGGACCACCUUACCGCAAAGGCAAAAGCCCAAAACUUAACUUUAUUAUCAAAUGAAGAGUUGGAACAAUUAAAGAACCCUUCUUUGGAUCAAUUAACUAAACUAGCAUCAAAGCACGAGUCUCGAGUCGUAUCGAACAACGAGUACGAGUCUUUGAUAGACCCAUCUGUUGAAACAAUCACCCAAAAGGCAAAAUCCCAUAAAAUGACCAUUGUGUCUGAUGCUGAGUACCAAAAACUUAUACAUCCAUCAUUAGAUGUGUUGUCUACCCAUGCCUUGGACAAGAAACAUACUCUUGUCAAGAAUUCCGAAUUGGAAGAAUUGAAAAAGUCAGCAAAUAGUCCAAGCUUAUCUCAAGUCAAAGUGCAUGCUGAUAAAUUAAAUUUAGUAACCAUGUCAAAACCUGAUUUCACAGAUUUAUUUAAAACUGCAAAUGAACCUAGCAUCUCGCAUAUACGUUCUAAAGCAAGUGAUUUAGGAUAUACUGUUGUUAAACAACAGGAGUACGACGAUAUGACAAAUAGCAUAAACCAUCCAGAUGUUGCUGAUUUGAAAGGGAAACUCCCUGACUACAAAAUAUUGCCAUUGUCUGAGUACGAUGAGAUUUAUAAAUUGGCACAUGAACCAGAAGUGGACCACAUAAAAACCAAAGCAACUAGUUUGAACCAUUAUUUGGUAAGCAACGAAGAUUAUGAUAAACUUCAAAACCCAACUUUGGAAACUUUGCAACUGCAAGCAGAUACUUUGAAUCAUUCAGUAUUAGAUAAAACCAAGUUGGCUGAUCUUGAAAAGUUGGCAUACAAUCCUGAUUUGGAUCAUCUUCAAAAAGUCUUGAAAGAGAUAGAUUAUGAAGCAUUACCAAAACAAGAAUUGGAAGCCUUGAAUAAUCCAACUACUGACUCUUUACUGGAGAAAGCUAGUAAGUUGAAUUGUGAAAUAAUAUCUCAAGAGGAUUACAAAGAAUUAUUUUCAUUAGCUCAUGAUCCAUCACUUGAGCAUAUCCAUGCCAACGCAACAAAGUUGGAUCAAACUGUAUUAUCAAAUGAUGAAGUUAACGAAUUAAAAGCAUUAGCCUAUACAUUUAGCAUUGAGAGACUUCAAUCUUUAGCGAAAGAGAAACACCAUACCUUGGUUGAAUCAAGUGAGUUAGACGCAUUGAAGAAUCCAGAUAUAACUCAAGUCAAAGAAAAGGCGAAAGACUUUGGACUUGAAACAAUUAGCCACGAUGAUUUGAAUGAAUUGAAGAACCCAACUAGAGAAAGGAUUGAAGGCAUUGUUCACGAUUGGAAUUGUACUGUAAUAGAUAAUACUGAUCUAGACAAUUUGAAGAAUCCUGAACUUGAGACUAUAAAAGUGAAAGCUGAACAAUUUGGUUAUCAUUUAUUACUGAAGGAAGACAGAGAAACCUUAGAGAAGUUGGCCCAACAACCCGACUUGGAUCAUAUUAAACAAAAGUCAAAAGAUCUUGGGUACAUACCUGUCAAAGAAGAAGAACACCAAAAACUACACAAUUUGGCUCACAAUCCAUCAAUUGAUCAUAUUAUUGAAAAGUCGAAACAUUACGGAUACAUCCCAAUCAAAGAAACUGAACUCAAAUCAUUGAAAGAAGUGGCCGAAUCCCCUGACUUAGAACACAUUACAUCAAAGGCAAAAGUUCAUGGAUAUGUUCCUGUGAAACAAACUGACUUUGAAACAUUGAAAACUUUGGCACACAAGCCAGAUUUGGAUCACAUUAUAGAAAAGUCUAAAUCUCUUGGUUACACACCUGUCAAAGAUCUGGAUUACGAUGUAUUGAAAAAAUUGGUGCAUGAACCUAGUGUUGAACAUAUCACCAAGAAAUCAAAAGAACUUGGUUAUGUAGCCGUUAAGGAAACAGAUUUCAAUGACUUGAAUGAAUUGGCACACAAUCCAAGUGUGGAUCGUAUUAGUGACAAGGCAAAGGAACAUGAUCUUGUUGCAGUUAAAGUAUCUGAUUAUGAUCAUUUGACACGAUUGGCAAAUGAGCCACCAAUAGAUCAUAUCACUGAGAAGUCCAAAGAAUUGGGAUAUGUUGUUGUUGAACAAUCGAAUUUCACAAACAUGCAAAAAUUGAUUAAUGAGCCAACCAAGGAAGAAAUUGAUUCCAAAGCAACUAAGCUUGGUUUAGUUACAAUGCCUAAAACUAAAUUUGAGGAAUUGGAAGCAACAGUAAACAAACCAUCGUCUGAGUUCUUAUCAGAAAAAGCACAAUUGUAUGAUUCUAUUGUUAUUUCCAAGAAACAAUUUGAAAAUCCAAGUCUUGAAUUUAUUAAAGAGAAGUCUGCAACACAUGAGCAUGAAGUAAUUCCUAGUAAAGAUUUAGCAAAUUUGAAGAAUUCAUUGGAAUCACCAUCCGACGAGUACUUACAUGAUAAACUGAAGGUCAAAGGUUUGAAAUUAGUAAGUAAUGAUGAAUACAACUCUUUAGUUAAUUUAGCUCAUAAACCAGAGAAGUCUCAUUUGGUUGAAAAGGCUUCAGCACUUGGUAUGUCUUUGAUUGGUAUUGAUGCUUUAAACAAAUUAAAGAAAGACUUAGAACACCCACAAAAGGAUUACUUGGAAGAGAAAGCCAAGGCUCUUGAUUUGUCGAUUAUUGAAAAUGACAAGUUGUCGAUUAUACAAACUUUGGCUGAAAAUCCAGAUUCUGCACAUAUUGAGAAAGUUGCCAAACAAAAAGAUUUGAUUGUUUUACCAUUGUCUGAGCAUGAGAAAUUGAUUAAAGACUCCACUAGUCCUGACAUAGAUCACAUCAAAUUGGUUGCUGAAAAACAAAUGCUUACAGUCUUGACAAACAGUGCAUUCAAGGAUUUGACAGAAAGAGUUGAAAACCCUACAUUAGAUCAAAUCAAGGAAGCAGCAGAAAAGAAUAACCAAGUAGUUGUUCCUACUCAAGAAUAUGACGCGUUAAUGCAUCCAGAUGAAGUAGCAAUCAAGACACACGCAGACCGUUUAAGUUUGAAUGUAAUGCCCAUAAAAGAACAUGCAAAAUUAAUGGAAGAUUUAGAAAAGCCAACUUUGGAAUACCUAGUUAACAAAGCAGCUAAGUAUGACUCCAUUGUUGUUACCAAGGAUGCAAACACAAAGUUGGAAAAAUUGGCUUAUAGUCCUGAUGUUGAACAUAUGGCGGAAAUUGCUGAUGCCAAAGAUCUUGUUGUUGUAAAUAAGGAAGAGUUUGCUAAUAUUACAAAGUUGGCCAAUGAACCUCAUGAAGAUCAUAUUAUAUCCAAGGCAAAGAAUUUGGGAUUAGUUACUAUUAAUGAAAGCGAUCAUAGGGAGUUAUUACAGCCUUCUAAGUCUAAACUUGAGCAACAUGCUUCAAGGAUUGAUCAUUUAUUAGUACCCGAAAAUGAGGUUCAUCGAUUGAGAGAUAUUGAAAGUACCCCAUCUAGAGAAUUCAUUGAGACAAAAGCAGCACAACAUGAUUUGGCUACUUUAACAAGAAAGGAACAUAGUGAAUUAACUAGUAAUGCGAAUGAGCCUUCAAAGGAUCACAUCAUUGCCAAAGCUAGUGCUAUUGGCUUGGUUGCCAUUUCUAAGAAAAAACACGAACAAACGUUGAAAGCCUUAGAGGAACCAACUCUUGAUUACUUAAGUGAAAAGGCAGUCAAAAAUUACAAGUCAGUAAUAAUUCCAACAGAUAAAUAUGAGUCUUUGAAGGAGAAUUUAGAACUGCCCGACUGGAAUUAUAUGACAGAGAAAGCCAAAUCACAUGAUUCUGUUAUUGUUAAACAAAAUGACUACAAUGAUUUAGUGAAAGUUUCUACCGACCCAAGUGUACAGUUUAUUGAAGAGAAGGCAAGAAAGUAUAACAAAUCAGUUAUCGAUUCAGAUGAGUUGAAGAAUAUUAAACGUGUCGCCUUUAACCCAACCAAGGAAGAAUUGUCAGAAAGGGCCGCUCAAGAUGGUUUAUUAGUGAUUGACCAAAAUGAAUACAAAUCCUUGGAAGAAAAGAUUGAGAAUCCAACAUCAGAUUAUCUCAAGGAACAAGCAUCCAAAUUUAACUUUACCAUGGUUGGUACAGAUGACUACAAUAAGUUGACUACCUUAAUUGCUUCUCCAUCGAAGGAACAUAUUGAAGAGAAAGCACAAUCUGCUGGUUUAGUGGUUGUUCCAAAAGAUGAAUAUGAAAAAUUGUUAGAAAAGUCAAAUAACCCUGAUAAAUCAAGGUUGUCUAAAUUAGCAAACGCAAAGGGAAUGUUGCUAAUAGAUAAAGAAGAGCAUGCUAAGUUAACCGAUUCACUUAAAAAUCCUAGUAUUGAAUUUUUGAAAAAUAAGGCAAGUGAACAUGGGAAUGUUAUUAUACCAGAUGAGGAAUACAAGAAGUUGCUUAGUGAUAUUGAAUCUCCAGAUUUUGAGUAUUUGGAAAAGAAGUGUCAUGAUAGAAACAUGUCUAUAUUACCAACAACCGACUUGAAACAGCUUAAAACAGUGUUUGCUGGUCCAUCAAUUGAUUUCUUAAAGGAACAUUCAGCCAAGGCAAAUUAUGAGUUGAUUCCAAGAUCUGAGUAUGAAAUUUUGAAAAAUUCUAUUGAUAAUCCAGGUUCUGAAUUUAUUCAAACCAAGGCAUCGAAAUAUGGUCUUGUGGCUGUGACAGAAGAAGAGUAUGAUUCAUUAACAGAUCCAACUAAGGAGUCCUUGAUUGAAAAUGCUUCUAAAUUAGGGUUGUCAGUGAUUGAAAAACUGGAAUUGGAAUUGUUGAGAAGUAAAUUGGAUAAUCCUAGUGUUGAGUACAUGAAGCUUAACUCCGAAAAAUUGGGCUAUAUACUAGUCUCAUCGAAUGAAAUAAAUGACUUGAAAACAGCAAUUGAUCAACCAACAGAGAAAUAUCUUGAAGAAAAGGCAAAUAAAUUGGGACUUCAUGUUAUGAGCAUUAAAGAAUACCAAAGCUUGAAUGAAAAGGCAACGAAACCAAGUAAGGACCAUAUUGCUUCAGUUGCAGGGCUUUUGGGAUUAGCUGUUAUUGGAGAUAAGGAACAUAAAGAUUUAUUAAGCAAGUCAAAGAGUCCUUCUUUAGAUCAUAUCAAAGAAAAAGCAGAGAAACAUGAUCAUGUGGUAAUACCGCAAAACGAACAUUCCAAACUAGUUGAAAGAGCUAAUAUUUCUAUUGGAGAUUUGGCCAAGGAACAAGGAAUGGUGGUUCUUCCAUCAGAUUCACAUGCUGAAUUGGUGAAGAAUGCUUCCAAGAGGUUAGAAGAUCAUGCCAAGGAGAAUAAUAAAAUCAUCAUUUCACCUGAUGAACACAAACAAUUGGUCACCAAAGCUUCGAAAACGUUGAGUGAUCUUGCCAAGGAAAAUAAACUGGUAGUUGUUCCAAUUGAGGAAUACCAAGAUUUGAAUGCAAUGGCUUCUAAGAGCUUGCAAGAUCAUGCUACUGAGCAAGGUGUUAUUGUUUUAUCAAAGAAUGAACAUGAUGAUUUGACCAGAGCUGCCAAUAAAACAGCCGCAGACCAUGCAAAAGAAAAAGGUAUGGUAUUGCUCAAAGCUGAAGAUCAUGAUCUGUUGGUGAAACAAGCUUCAAAAUCAUUACAAGACCUUUGCAAAGAGCAAGGAAUGGUAUUAGUAUCUCCAGAGGAACACAAAGAGUUGACAACAAAAGCAUCGAGAACUUUGCAUGACUUUGCAACUGAACAAGGGGUAAUCCCUGUGCCAAUCAAGGAACAUCAAGAAUUGACAACAAAAGCCAGUCGUUCAUUAAAAGACUUUGCCCAGACUGAAGGUAUGGUUGUUCUUCCACAAUCAGAACAUGCGGAAUUAACUGAAAAAGCUAGAAAAUCGAUUGAGGAUUUGGCAAGUGAGAAGAACUUCAUGUUGCUUGAGAAAACACAUUAUGAAGACUUGUUGGAUAAGGCCAAUAAAUCAUUAGAGAAACUUGCUCAAGAAAAGGGAAUGAGUGUUGUGUCACCUGAAGAGUUGAGAGAACUUAAAGAAAAUGCCGAGAAACCUCUUGAUGUAAGAGCUAAAGAACAAGGAAAGACAGUUGUUGGCAUUGAAGAAUUUAACGAAUUAAAUAAUAAGAUUGAGAAACCAAGUUUAGAAUAUUUGAAGGAAUGCUGCAAAAAGCAUCUCAAGAAGAUUGUUCUGGAAGAAGAUUAUGAACAACUUCAACUGAGAGCGAAUCAAACUGUUGACGAAAAAGCUAAAAGUAUGGGAUUAGUGGUGAUUAAACCAGAGGAACUAGAUCAGCUCAAAAAAUCGGUUGAAUCUCCAAGUUUGGACUACAUAAGAUUAAAAGCUGCAGAUCAAGGAUUCGAAGUUAUUGAAAAAGAUGAAUUCUCUUUGAUCAAUGAAAGAUAUAAGAAAUCUGUGAAAGACCUCGCUGAAGAAAAUGGAUUGGUUGCAUUGAAAGUUGAAGACUAUAACAAUUUGAUCCAAAACGCCAAUGAACCAGCUUUGGCCCAUAUUUCAGAAAUGGCAACUAAACAUGAACAUGUGGUUGUGUCGGCAAAUGAUUUCAACAAGUAUUUAAAUACUUUUGAACAUCCUGAAUUAGAGUUCAUAAAAGAAAAAGCAAAGGAGCAAGGCUAUACCGUUGUUUUGUUGGACGAUUAUGCUUCAAUUGUUGCCGAGAACAAAGAAACGUUGGAAGAGAAGGCAGAAAAGGCACAUGCUAAAUUGAUACCUGUUGAAGAAUACACUACUCAACAAGAGACAUUGAAUAAUCCAAGUAUUGAUUUCUUGAAUGAAAAGGCUAAGCUUUUGCAAAAAGUUAUUGUACCACAACUGGAAUAUGACGAAUUAGUAAAGUCUGCUUCACAAUCAGUCCACGAUAAAGCAGCUGUGGCCAGUAUGGUUGUCAUUAAUAAAGAUGAGCAUUCCAAAUUGCAAGCUACACUUUUAGCACCAUCACUUGAAUUCUUGCAUCUGAAAUGUAAUGAAAAGGGUAUGACAUUAGUUGAACAAAAGGAUUUGGACAAUUUGAAAUCGUCAGUAGAGGAUCCAUCCCUUGAGUAUUUAGAAAAGUCUGCUAGCAACAAGGGCUAUGCUCUAGUUGACAAAAAGAUAUUAUCAGAAAUGAAAGAGAAUUUGGAUCAACCUAUAGAAGAAAAGGCACAAGCCAAAGGAUUGGUUGUAUUACCUGUUGAUGAGUUUUCUUCUUUAAAGAAGACUGUGGAGGACCCAAGUAUUGACUUCCUUAAAGAGAAAUGUGGCAAUAGUGGUUAUCAUAUUAUAGAGAAGGAAUCGCAUGAAAAUUUGGUGAAACAAGCUGCAUCUACAUUAGAGGAUAAAGCUUUAGAAAAGAAUAUGGUAUUGUUGACUCCUGAACAACAUAAGCAAUUGUCUGAGCCAAGUUUGGAGAGUUUGAAAGAUUUUGCUCUGAAACAGAAUUAUGAUUUGAUUUCUCAUACUGAGUUGGUUGAGUUGACAACAAAAGCAAAUAACCCAUCAAUUGAAAAAUUGAAAGAAGUCGCUAAGGUCAACCAAUUUGUAUUAAUUCCAACAGAUGAACAUAUUGAAAUGAAGAAACAAGCUGAAGCCACUAUUCAAGAUAAAUUAGAAGGAACUGAUUGGAAGUUGAUUAAGAAUGACGAGUAUGAUGAACUUUUGGUAAAGGCCCACCAACCAACUAUUGAUGAUAUUGCUAGAAAUGCAGCAGCAAUCGGGUUUGGUGUAAUGUCGGUUGAAGCUAUCAAUAAAAUGAAAGAACAAGCAAAUGAGUCAAUAUAUGAGAGAGGUUCCAGAGAGGGUAUGGUUGUUAUGUCAAAAGAACAACAUGAUGAAAUGAGAGAGAAAAUUCAGACUCCAUUAGCUGAAAGGGCCAAAUCUGAAGGAUAUGCCUUGAUUAAGCCUGAUGAAUUGCAAAAAUUACGAGUUGCAGAGUCUCGGACCGUCGAGGACAAAGCUUUAGCUGAAGGUAAAGUGGCAAUUUCUGAAAAGUUGUAUAAUGAAAUUCUUGAAGAGAAGAACAUGUGGAAGGAAAAGUAUGCUGCUGUGGACUUGAGUACAGGAGAGGAACACACUUUAAGUACUGUUAAAGAGAAACUUGAAGAAUUGGGAUUUUCAGUUAUUCCAAAGGAGAAUUCGAAAUCAUUGCCAGCAGAAAAGUCGUUUAGUUCUGAUUCAGAAGAUUUCCAUUUCCAUGAUGCAGACGAAUCGUUUAUUCUCUCCGAACAUGAAUUGAGUUAUUCUGCUUCGAGAUUGGGUUUGGUGUUGUUAUCAAAGGAGGAAUACAAUAACUUGAACAAAGUUGAUGAGGAAAAAGUGAAGGGUUUAGCCAAAGGAUUGUCUUUGACCGUAAUCCCAGAAUCUGAAGUAAUUAACUGGAAACAGUCAUUAGCAGCAAAAGAUGAAGAGAUUCAUAAAUUGAAUUUGGAAAAAGAGGAACAAGUUAAGAAAGUGGCAUUGUUAGAGAAUGAGGAAUCUAAUACUGCAGAAACUCCAGAGCGCACAGAUGCUGUUAAAAAAGAUAUUCUUACAGACAAGGAUGUCGUUGUUAAUGCGGCAACGAAAUUGGCACUAUUACCAGUUCCUGAAUCACAAUAUGUGGGUACAACGGCCCAUCCACGUCCUGAUGUAAAUAAUGUCAAAGUGGUUCCAACUAGUUAUUUCAAUCAAUUACUCAAAUUGAAGGCAAUGUCCAUUGAAAAGUGUUCUGAUGAUGUAUUUAAGCAGUAUGCAGAGAAGCGUGGAUAUGUUCACCGGGAUCAAUUAACACCAGUAUUAGCAUCAACAACUCAAUUCAAGGGGACACCAGUACAAGAUAGAGAUUCAUUAGACCUGAUGUCAAGAAUCACUCCCCCUAUAAAUCCUGCUGUAAAACAACGUCAAGUCACUCCAGUGUCAAAACGCAGCUUGUCACUUAGCAGUGGUGGUCGCGUUAGCUUUACACGUGGUCUUCCUGAAUCUAAUUCAGUUGUAUCACGUCUUUCUGAACAGUCAGUUCAUCAAUCGUUGAGAAGCCAAGGAAUGUUCUCAAUGGCAACCGAUGUUUCAUUCACAGACAGAUCCAUGAUUCCAGCUAUAACGCAAGUGGUUAUUGGUGAGUACUUGUUCAAGUAUUACCGUAGAUUAGGAGCUUUCAAAGUGAUCACAGAAACGAGACACGAAAGAUACUUUUGGGUGCAUCCUUACUCAUUGACACUUUAUUGGACUGAGAAUAAUCCAAUAUUAUCCAAUUCAUCUCUGUCUAAAACUAGAGCUGCUGCUAUAGUAAGUGUUGAAAGUGUUGAAGAUAAUAAUCCAUUACCUACUGGGUUGUAUUAUAAGAGUAUUAUUGUUCAUUCCACUGACAGAUCCAUCAAGAUCACAUGUGCCACUAGACACCGUCAUAAUAUCUGGUACAAUGCUUUGCGUUAUUUGGUUAACAGAAAUAUCGAUGAUUUGGUAAUUGAUGAAGAUACAAAUAUAGAUGAAUUAUCGGAUGAAUUUGAGGUCAAUACUUCCGCUGGGCUAGCCCCUGCUGCUGUCAAGUCAGAAUCCCAUAGAAAUUUGGAGAGUUUGAUGGAUACAGGUGAUCGUCGUGCAUACCCAAGACCUAAAAGAAUUACAUCGCUGCCUUCUUCACCAGCAUCAGGAAGACUCUCAAGGUUCCUGUCGAUGAGAAGAAUUUGA